AUGGACGUGGUCGUGGACAUGGACGUGGACGUGGACGUGGACAUGGACGUGGACGUGGACGUGGACGUGGACAUGGACGUGGAGGACGUGGACGUGGACGUGGACGUGGACGUGGACGUGGAGGACUUGGACUUGGACGUGGACGUGGACGUGGACGUGGACGUGGACGUGGACGUGGACGUGGCCAUGGUCGUUGACGUGGACGUGGACGUGGAGGACUUGGACGUGGACGUGGUCGUGGACAUGGACGUGGACGUGGUCGUGGACAUGGACGUGGACUUGGUCCUGGUCGUGGACGUGGUCGUAGACGUGGACGUGGUCGUCCACGACGUGGACUUGGACGUGGACGUGGACGUGGACCUGGUCGUGGACGUGGACGUGGACAUGGACGUGGACGUGGACGUGGACGUGGUCGUGGACCUGGACGUGGUCGUGGACGUGGACGUGGACGUGGACGUGGACGUGGACGUGGACGUGGACGUGGUCGACUUGGACGUGGACUUGGACGUGGACGUCGACGUGGACGUGGACGUGGACAUGGAGGACCUGGACGUGGACUUGGACGUGGACGUGGACGUGGACGUGGUCGUGGACGUGGACGUGGACGUGGUCGUGGACGUGGACGUGGUCGUGGACGUGGACGUGGACUUGGACGUGGACGUGGACGUGGACGUGGACGUGGACGUGGAGGACGUGGACGUGGACAUGGACGUGGACAUGGACGUGGACGUGGACUUGGAGGUGGACGUGGACGUGGACCUGGACGUGGACGUCGAUGUGGACCUGGACGUGGACGUGGACGUGGACCUGGACGUGGACGUGGACGUGGAUGUGGACGUGGUCGUCGUGGACGUGGUCGUGGUCAUGGUCGUGGACGAGGUCGUGGACGUGGACGUGGACGUGGACGUGUUCGUGGACGUGGACGUGGACGUGGACAUGGACGUCGUUGUGGACGUGGUCGUGGACGUGGACGUGGACGUGGUAGUGGACGUGGUCGUGGACGUGCACGUGGACGUGGUCGUGGACGUGGACGUGGAGGACGUGGACGUGGAGGACGUGGACGUGGACGUGGAGGACGUGGACGUAGACGUGGACGUGGAUGUAGACGUCGAUGUGGACGUGGUCGUGGACAUGGAGGACUUGGACGUGGACGUGGACGUGGACGUGGAAGUGGAGGACCUGGACGUGGACGUGGACGUGGUCGUGGACAUGGAGGACUUGGACGUGGACGUGGACGUGGUCGUGGACGUGGACGUGGACGUGGUCGAGGACGUGGACGUGGACGUGGACGUGGACGUGGACGUGGACGUGGACGUGGACGUGGACGUGGACGUGGACGUGGACGUGGACGUGGACGUGGACUUGGACGUGGACGUGGACGUGGACGUGGACGUGGACGUGGACGUGGACGUGGACAUGGACGUGGACGUGGUCGUGGACGUGGUCGUGGACGUGGACGUGGACAUGGACGUGGACGUGGACGUGGACAUGGAUGUGGACGUGGACAUGGACGUGGACGUGGACGUGGACGUGGACGUGGACACGUGGACGUGGACAUGGACGUGGACGUGGACGUGGACGUGGACGGUCGUGGACGUGGACAUGGACGUGGACGUGGAUGUGGACGUGGACGGAGAUGUGGACGUGGACGUGGACGUGGACGUGGUCGUGGACGUGGACGUGGACGUGGACGUGGACGUGGACCUGGUCGUGGACGUGGACGUUGACGUGGACGUGGACGUGAACGUGGACGUGGACGUGGACAUGGUCGUGGACGUGGACGUGGACGUCGACGUGGACGUGGACAGGGACGUGGAUAUGGACAUGGACGUGGACGUGGACAUGGACAUGGACGUGGACGUGGACAUGGACGUGGACAUGGACGUGGACGUGGACCUGGACGUGGACGUGGACAUGGACGUGGACCUGGACGUGGACGUGGACGUGGAGGUGGACAUGGACGUGGACCUGGACAUGGACGUGGACAUGGACGUGGACGUGGACAUGGACGUGGACAUGGACGUGGACGUGGACAUGGACGUGGACGUGGACGUGGACGUGGACGUGAACGUGGACGUGGACGUGGACGUGGACAUGGACGUGGACGUGGACGUGGAGGACUUGGACGUGGACAUGGACGUGGACGUGAAUGUGGACGUGGACAUGGACGUGGACGUGGACAUGGACGUGGACAUGGACGUGGACGUGGACGUGGACAUGGACGUGGACGUCGACCUGGACGUGGACGUGGACCUGGACUUGGACGUGGACGUGGAUGUGGACGUGGUCGUGGAGUGGACGUGGUCGUGGACGUGGACGGUCGUGGACGUGGACAUGGACGUGGACGUGGAUGUGGACGUGGACGGAGAUGUGGACGUGGACGUGGACGUGGACGUGGUCGUGGACGUGGACGUGGACGUGGACGUGGACGUGGACCUGGUCGUGGACGUGGACGUUGACGUGGACGUGGACGUGAACGUGGACGUGGACGUGGACAUGGUCGUGGACGUGGACGUGGACGUCGACGUGGACGUGGACAGGGACGUGGAUAUGGACAUGGACGUGGACGUGGACAUGGACAUGGACGUGGACGUGGACAUGGACGUGGACAUGGACGUGGACGUGGACCUGGACGUGGACGUGGACAUGGACGUGGACCUGGACGUGGACGUGGACGUGGAGGUGGACAUGGACGUGGACCUGGACAUGGACGUGGACAUGGACGUGGACGUGGACAUGGACGUGGACAUGGACGUGGACGUGGACGUGGACAUGGACGUGGACGUGGACGUGGACGUGGACGUGAACGUGGACGUGGACGUGGACGUGGACAUGGACGUGGACGUGGACGUGGAGGACUUGGACGUGGACAUGGACGUGGACGUGAAUGUGGACGUGGACAUGGACGUGGACGUGGACAUGGACGUGGACAUGGACGUGGACGUGGACGUGGACAUAGACGUGGACGUCGACCUGGACGUGGACGUGGACCUGGACUUGGACGUGGACGUGGAUGUGGACGUGGUCGUGGAGUGGACGUGGUCGGUUUAG